AGCGCGCAGUGUGGAUGAUGCUGCCGGUGUGUGUAGACGCGGAUCAGGCGCUCAGAUGUUCUGUGCUAUGGAGACCGUGGAGUCUCUCCCCGACAGAGGCUCGAGGACACAAGACGCUUGCUGGAGGAGUGAGGAGCGCUCGGCCGUCUGGAGGAGUCUUCCAUCAUCCUGUGAGGCUGUUUCUGCCCAGAUCCCGCAUGCAGGAGUAUCUGUCCCGCCUGGGCUCCAGUGUUCUGGCCAGUUUCCCCGUUCAGGCCACUCUGCACUUCUACAACGAUGAAGACUCCAGCUCUGAGGAAGAGGAAGAUGAGGAACACGCAAACACACGCUGCAGACUCUGGAGGCCGUGAGACGAGCAGACGAUCAUCAGGAGCAAACACUGUACAGGAGACCAGCUGAAGGUCAGGGUGUGUGGAUACAGGAUGAUGAGCAGCAGGAACACAGGACGGGUCACGGCACCAGCGGCGGACCAUCAGCCCACUGCGGGACACCUGGCAGGAGCUCACCUGUACCUGACAGACAUUCAUCUGUGUAUGUAUGGUUGUCUCUGUGUGUGUGUGUGUGUGUGUGUGUGUGUGUGUGUAUUAAGCACGUCACCAUUUCUCUCAGAAGGCAUAUUUCUAAAGGUGCUGUUGACUGGAUGUUAAUGAAAGCAAAAGAAAUCAAAGAAAACACAUCUUAUUAGUUUAGAAAUAAACUUCUGUGUAAUAAAAUGAAACCACAUGGAGAACAAGUGUUGAACAGAUGAAGGAAGGAAGGUGUAGUUGGGCAGUGAAAGCCCAGACAGCAGCUGAAUCUGUCAGUAGUUCUUCAGCAAGCCUCUGCCCUUCCUCUGUCAAUGAAGAUCAGCUGCUUCAGUCCAACAUCUACAUCAGCAGGAGGAUGAAGAUCAAGCUAUGUCAGCAAGACGAUGAUCCAAACACAGCCGAGGAGACUCUCAGAUGCUUUCAGAGAAAGAAAAUCAAGCUGUAGAAUGGCCCAGCCAAUCACCUGAUCCCAAUCCAAUAGAGAAUACUGAAUUCAGCUCAGAUCUGAAAGACGAGACCCACAGAAGCAUCAAGAUUUACACACUCUGAUGAAGACUGAGAGAAACUCACACCUGAGCACUGCAGGAGGCUUCAUUCUCCAUAUGAGACACGACUUUAGGCUGCCGUCAUUCAUAAAGCCUUUUAUAUACAGUAUUAAACACACUUCAGCAGUUCAGCACUUUCUCCAUCUGUCAGUUCAGUUUUAUUUCACUCAACUCAUGUUUCAUAGUUUGUUUGUUGUUUUAUGUUUGGGGUUUUACCAAAAUCUUCAACUCCAUGUCAGCAGCUCCUUCAGGAAUAUUAUUCCCAGGAAAAAACAUCAGUGUGUUCAAGACUUUUUUCCCCCGCUGUGUGUGUGUGUGUGUGUGUGUGUGUGUGUGUGUGUGAUUGAUAGAUGUAUUACUGCUGAACUGUGAACACAAAUAAACAGAUGAUGUGCA